CAAGGCUCCAAAGCCUUCGCCGGAAGCGCAGCCCGAGCCUUUCGCGUCAUGGCGGCCGAUGGCGUGCAGCCCAGGCAGCCAAACUACCCGGAGAUGGUGGACUGCGUCAUUUGCCGGAAGAAGGAGGUCGCCAAGCGCCGACCCGGCUACCGCAUGACCUGUGCCGACUGCAGCCAGUGCAAGGCCCGGUUUUGCGUGAGCUGCAGCGGGCCUUGGUUCGAGACGCACAGCUGUCGAGUCUUCCGGCGCCGACACGAGAAGUUCAAGGACCUCGAGUGGUUCUGCCGCAAGGCGGACCAGAUCGACGACUUCAGAGAGAACUUGGAGCCGCACGGCUUCAAGAUGUGCCCGGGAUGCUUUCAACCCGUCAUCAAGGACAACGAGGAUGACUGCGAUCACAUCUUCUGCAGCAACCCGGAGUGCCGCAUGGAGUUCUGCUGGCAGUGCAUGGCGAACCGCAAGGUGGUGGAGGUCCAUGGCAACCACCACCAUAGGCCUCAAUGCCCAUACUAUUUCGAGUUCACUGGCAAGGACACCUACAUGCCAGAGAAGUGCGACGUGUGCCGGAAGAACGAGCGCUGCUGCAUUACUCCGCUGGUCUGGGCGAAGAUGUCCAAAGCACAAAGGGAAGGCUAUCCUGAAGAGGGCUGGACCGCCUACGCGAUCCGCAAGGAGAAGGAGCUCGAGGAGAAGAAGCUGAGGCGAGAGGCCCACAAGCGACAGCAGGAGGGCGGCUUUGGUGCCUUCAUGCAGCAGCUCUUUGGAUGAAAUCUGCUUUCGGUCUCCCUUUUUCCUCUGGGACAAAUUUGGCUGUGGGUCAAAAUCAAUGGUACCAUUUUGGGGUAGG